AUGAAAUCUUUCAUUGAAAGAAUAUACAUGGGUAUCCUUCUAUGUAUCACUAACAUUUACAGGAUCAAUGCACAAUUUUUUCUUGACUCAACAAAAAAUACUUUAAAUGGAUACACUUACAAUGACGAAAUAAAGGAAAAGGAUACUAAUGAAACGAAUCCAAAUAUAAUUCCCUUCAUUUCGACUGUAAAAUCUCUUUCUACUUAUACUACUAAUAUAAGUAGUGAUAGUAAUUCACCGAUUUACUGCGACUUAUCUUCUUUGUCUCAAGCCUAUGUGUUUUACAAAUUAUUGCAAACCCAAGUUAGUAACAAAUAUAAGUCAGAAUCCAUAUUUCAUUACUACAGAACAUAUCCUUUUAUUAAGGAUAGAAUAAAAGACUAUUUCCAUGACUAUUUCCAUACACGAGGAAUAUUUGAUUCAGAAUCAAAACACAAGAAACUGCGGAAUUCUGGAAUGAGUGAAUGGAAAAACUGGUUAAAGAGCCAUUAUCAAUACAAUUUCUCCCAUGACAAAUGGUCUAGAUUAGCACCUCUAAAAUGGAGAAAGAAAGUCAAUCAGCAUUUUACGAUUAAAAAUAACGACUCACCAAAAUUGGGUUCAUAUGAAGAAAAAGACCAAUUAAUUCAUUCCGGUAAAAAGGAUUAUUAUAAAUAUAAAUUGGACUUAUUGAAGAGUCCGAGUUGCGAAAAAAAAAUUAAAAAACACUACAGAUAUGAUCUUUUAUCAUAUAAAUAUCUUAAUUAUGAAGAUGUGAAAGACUCCAAUAUUUAUGGAUCACCAUUACAAGUAAACAGGCACGGAGAGAUUUCUAAUUACAAUACACAUAAAUACAAAUCGUUUUAUGCUACAACUAUAAAUGAUAGCCUAGAAGAUAAAUAUACAAUUGAUAGGGAUCCAAAUCUAGAUAGAAAAUAUUUGGAAUUGAGAAUCACCAAUUUUUACCCUAGAAACAAUAUUGAAACUAGGACUAGUACGGGUAUCAGAACUUUCAUUAAUAAAAAAAGAAAACUACUAAGACUGGGACCAAUAAGAAAGAUAUUCUUUAUCUUUAUAUCAGAAUUCAUCAAGAAAUCCAAACAAAGCAAAAAGAGUUAUUUUUUGAUUGGAUGGGAAUGA